AUGAACGCUUCUGCAUCUGCUAGACUCCUCGAGAAGCGCAGCGGAAUCUACUCAUCUCGGCCCCCGAAUUAUAUUGCCAACGAACUAAUCUGCAAAAACCAAACGCACAUCCUUUUUACUCCUUUUGGAAACACCUUUAGAAAGAUGCGCAAAUCUACCCAGGGUCUCUUUUCGCCUCGUGAGCUCGCGUCUGUGCUCCCCGUUCAACUAGCAGAGGCCUCCCAGACGGCGUAUGAUAUUCUCCGCACUCCUGAUCGAUAUUAUGAACACAUCCAACGAUAUACUACUGCAGUGAUUCUGGCAGCCGUUUAUGGCCAACGGGGUGAGGCCUUCGAGUCUCCCAACGUUCAAGCUCUUUAUGAUGUUCAGAACCGUUUCACCGCGCUCCUAGAGCCCGGUGCGGCCCCUCCAGUUGAUGGUAUCACUUUCCUUAAGCAUAUCCCCGAGUUUCUUGCCCCAUGGAAGCAAAGGGCAAAGCAUAUACGACGCGACCAACGUGAAAUCUACUCCAGGCUGUACAACUCAACUAAACAACGCAUGAAAGACGGAAUACGAGUAGGAUGCUUUAUGGAGAAGCUUAUCGACGACCAAGAAAAGAAUGGAAUGGAUGACGAGCACACAACAUACCUUGGUGGAACGUUCAUGGAGGCGGGCUCCGAUACAACAUCAUCCACUCUUUUGUCAUUUCUUCUCGGCACACUCGAGAAUCCAGUUGCCCUGGAGCGUGCGCAGGCAGAUGUAGAUCGGGUCUGCGGCUUGCAACGAUCGCCCGCUUUGGAGGACUUGGAAAAUUUGCCAUAUAUCGAGGCUUGCAUGCACGAGAUUCUCCGCUGGAGGCCUGUUGCAGCGGGUGGCAUCCCGCACAUGCUUACACAAGAAGACUCCUACAAAGGCUAUGUAUUCCCGGCUGGGACUAUCUUCUUCGCCAAUUCAUGGGCUAUCCAACACGACGAAAACGAGUAUGAUGAGCCUAGUCUCUUUAACCCCGACCGAUGGCUUGGAGGGAACACGUACGGUACCAAGAGCAGCGUGAAAAUGGAGCCAAACGAACAGCGCAAGACAUCCUACGGCUGGGGCGCAGGACGCAGAAUUUGUCCUGGCCAGCGGAUGGCGGAGUUUUCGUUGAAGAUCAAUAUUGCCAAGUUGGUGUGGGCGUUCAACAUCGAGCGCGAUACGACUGCAGGCCCACCUGAUGUCUCUGUAGAGACAGGUUACGAGGGAGGAUUCUUGAUCUGUCCCAAGAAGUUCCCUCUCAAAAUCACACCAAGGAGCAAGGCUCAUGCGGCUGUCAUCGAGUCUGAGUUUGAAGGGCUCACGCGUUAUUAUGAGAAGUUAGCGGCCUAG